UUGGAAGAUAACUUUUUGCUUGAACGCGGUGCUUUGGGACGCGACAACGAUAUUGCUUUGCUGCCGCUCGCUUUUCCAAGGCCCUGCGUUUUUUGACACGGUGGUCCUCGUCCACGCAGCUCCACGUCAAAGGAAGUAUCAAGUUAAAAUACGAGAAAGGAGGAUUUUUGGCUCGAUGGCAAUGCGAGGAGCAGCUGGUUCUUCGUUUUUCCAGAGCAGUAGCAUAAGAUUAGUCCAGCAGCAGCAGCGGCAGUGUCACAGGGAUAGAAGCAGCGGCAAAGUUCUGCCUGUUAGAAGAGCAGCGACGAUUAGAAGCAGUGGCAGCAGCGCGGAGAGCGUCCAAGCAAGAGAUUUUGUGGCUUUGCCAAGACCGAAUUUGGAGGAGAGGCCUCCGAGGCUUUGCACUCUCAGAGCUUUCAGCCAAGAUGGGGGCGACUCGGUGGCUAUGGGGAGUGCGUGGGACUCGGCGACUAUCACCUCUUCCUCAGCUUUUCUCAAGCAACUGGCGGCGAGUGUCCAAGCCACAGCUCAAGCGCAGGACUUUGAAACGCUCUCGGGUCGCUUUGCAAUGGUUGCUUUCGCUGUGGCUUUAGGACUAGAGUUUGUGACAGGCAACAACGUGUUCAAGGGAAUAGAAGUGAAAGAACUGGGUGAGACUUUAGGCUUCUCUGCAGCGUGUGUCAUUUCCAUGGCGGCUUUCAGUGCUGCUUGGGGGGCAAAGAAGCGAAUCGGGCUCUACAUGACAAAAGGCUGCCAAGAUCUUGUCGAGUUCAUCCUCACCGACACAAUCGACGCCAUUUUCUACGACCAAGACGAUGACCCCAUGAAGUUGUGAGUUAAAAAUCUUACAUUUAAAAAGCAAGCUAGCAGACACAACGGUCCUUUGACGCUUC